AUGUACUGGGUUGGACUAAGUCUUCCUAGAGUGACAGAAAUUAGCAAUGUGAAGAACAUCACACGGUUACCUCGAGAUACCAAACGACAAGCAGUAGCCAUCGUGUUUGCAGACGACACCUCACGCACAUUCACCUGUGAAUCAGAGUUGGAGGCAGAGGACUGGUUCAAGAUGCUGUCAAUAGAGUGUCUUGGGAUGCGUCCAAAUGACAUCAGUAUGGGAGAACCUGACCUCCUGGCUGCUGGAGUGCAGUGUGAACAUACAGAGCGUUUCAACGUGUUCCUCCUUCCAUGUCCCAACCUGGACAUCUAUGGGGAAUGUAUGAUGCAGAUCACCCAUGAGAACAUUUACCUGUGGGACAUCCACAACCCUCGCACCAAGCUGGUGACCUGGCCUCUCUGUUCUCUGCGGCGCUACGGACGCGACGCCACUCACUUCACCUUUGAAGCUGGACGGAUGUGUGACAGUGGUGAAGGUCUCUACACCUUCCAGACCAGGGAGGGAGAGCAGAUCUACCAGAGGGUCCACUCCUCCACGUUGGCCAUUGCUGAGCAGCACAAAAAGGUCUUGCUGGAGAUGGAGAAGAACAGCAGGUUGCUGUCUAAGUGCUCAGAGUCCAGCUCCUACCCAUGCACGCCUACCGCCAUCCUACCACGAUCAGCCUACUGGCACCACAUCACUGGAAACCAGACUGGCAUGGAUCCUGGCAGUGGUGAUGCCUCAGAGAACGAACUACUCCUGUCCACCCAUCUGUCACCUGAACAUCACACCACUCUACCCCUGACAAACACACAAGCACAGCCCCAUCCACACACACACAUCCCACCACACUACCCCACUUAUCCUGGACAAAGCACAACCAGAAUCCAGCUGCUGCACAAUGAGGAUUUCUGCAGCUCCUUUAUUGGUCAGUAG